CCAAAAGAGAAAGAUGCCAGACAGCUGCUGUCAGCAGGUACCCGGACAGAGCAGAGAGGAGGCUGGAAGCGUCUCGACAGGGCCAGAACCCAUGCAAGUUCCGGCAGCACCGGUGGUCCCUCCUCGCGGGUGCCCCUAUGCGGAACAGCCUCAUUGCAGCAACUUGGUACCCAGAAUGUCUUGCACCAAGGCCCCUUCGCCUAUCCCAGCGGGUACCACCACCACAACCACCGCCAUCGCCUUGGGACCCACUGGGCAUCUCAGUAUCUCUACGGAGGAUGACCUGGAAUGCUUGGUGUGCCGAGAACCCUACAACUGUGCCCGGUCCCCCAAGCUGCUCAGCUGUCAGCACGCCUUCUGCGCUGUGUGCCUGAAGCUUCUGUUAUUUGUGGAAGAAGACACCUGGUCCAUCCCCUGUCCACUGUGCCGAAAGGUCACUGCCGUCCCAGGAGGCCUAAUCUGCAGCCUGCGAGACCAAGAGGUGAUGGUGGGGCGGCUGGCCCGCUCAUGCCCGGAGGUACGCCUGUGUCCCCAGAGACUAGUUGGUUCUGCCACUCCAGCUGCUCGGCCAGCCAACUGGACGGGAGAAGAUGAACAGGACGUAGUAAGUGUCAAUCGUGUAGCUGCCCGGCGCCUAGCUGUACACCUGUUCUUGUUGGCUCUUCUCAUUGUCCUAAUCCUGCCUUUCAUCUAUCCGGGCGUCAUCCGGUGGGUGCUGGCCGUUAUCAUCGCCCUGGCGCUACUGAUAGCCACCCUACUCUGCUGUUACCCCUACAGCCGGAGCAGCAACUGGCCUUGCUCCAGGACUCUGCUCUGCAGAGAGCAAAAGCAAGCCCAGAUCACUUCUAUUGCCUGAGAGACCUGGAUCACUACAGGCCCAGCACUGCCACGGCUCCCCUUCCCCAGAUCUCAUAACCCACGGAGGAAAAGGACUAGGAGCCUCCCUUUGAAAUCACAUGCGAACUGGACUUGUACUGGCUGUGUUGGAUCAAGGACUCGGGGCUGGGACAAUGGGCUUGCACCUGUCUGCCUUGUGUAGCAUAGCCAAACUUUUAGGGGAAAAGGGAGGAGACACAUUCCCUUAAUGAGUGACUUUCAAGGGUGGUGGGGUCCCUACCCCUCUUCCUGAGCUCCUGGGUUUUGUAUAUAUCACUAUGUGCACAUAUUGGGAUGUUGACCUUACUACAAAGCAAAUAGAA